AUGACUGUGGCAGAGUAUGCUGCGAAGUUUGAGGCGCUAGUGAAGUUUUGCCCCCAUUACAACCGUGCUGAUGCUGAGACCUCUAAAUGUCUCAAGUUUGAGAAUGGGCUAAGACCAGAGAUCAAACAAGGUAUUGGAUACCAACAGAUUCGUAAGUAUGUUGAACUGGUGAAUAAGAGUAGAAUCUAUGAUGAGGAUAGUAGAGCCCGGUCUGCUCACUAUAAGAGUAUUAGUGAAAAGAAAGGGAAUGGACAAUUUAGAGGGAAACCUUAUGUUGCUCCGGCCGACAAAGGGAAGCAGAAGACUCCAGAUGGGAAGAAUACAAGUGGGGGAGGGGUUCCCGCUUCUGUCAAGUGCUUCAAGUGUGGCGGGUUGGGCCACCGUGCUAAUGAAUGUAAUAAUAAGGUUCUGAGAUGUUACAAUUGUGGAAAAACGGGUCACCGUGUUGCCGAGUGCAAAAAUGAUGGUCCGACUUGUUAUAAUUGUGGUGAGCAUGGUCAUAUCAGUACGCAAUGUCAGAAGGCAAAGAAGACGAUCGCUACUGCUGCACAGGUUAAUGGUAGAGUGUUUACCUUAAGUGGUUCAGAGGGUCCCAAGGCAGAUAACUUGAUCAAAGGUACUUGUUUCAUUAACAAUGUUGAGUUAAUUGCCAUUAUUGAUACUGGUGCUACUCAUUCGUUUAUUUCUCUUGAGUGUGCUAUGGGGUUGGGUUUAAAAUUAUCUUCUAUGGUUGGGAGUAUGGUUAUCGAUACCCCGGCUAAUGGUUCGGUGACUACUGCGUUAGUCUGUUUGAGUUGUCCUUUCACCAUUUAUGGUAAGAAUUUUGUGAUGGACUUAGUUUGUCUACCUUUGCAUCAAAUCAAUAUUAUUCUUGGAAUGAAUUGGCUAGAGUUCAACUAUGUUCAUAUCAACUGUUACAACAAAACCGUGAGGUUCCCAGAGUUUGGUGGUUAUGGAGAGCUGAUGUUUUUACCCGCUAAGCAAGUAGAAGAACUCUUAGAAGAUGAGGCUCAGAUGUUUGCAAUGUUUUCAUCAUUGCAAGUCGACAAUGAGGUUGCAAGUGUUGAUCUGCCUAUUGUGUGCAAUUUCCCAGAUGUAUUUCCAGAUGAUAUUGGUGACUUACCACCAGAGCGUGAUAUUGAAUUUUCCAUUGAUGUAGUACCUGGUACUAAUCCUGUGUCGAUGGCCCCGUAUAGGAUGUCGGCUUCAGAAUUGGGUGAAUUGAAGAAACAGUUAGAAGAGUUGCUUGAGAAAAAUUUUGUUCGACCAAGUGUUUCUCCAUGGGGUGCGCCAGUGUUGUUAGUUAAGAAAAAGGACGGCAGUAUGAGGUUGUGUGUUGACUACAGACAAUUGAAUAAAGUUACUAUCAAAAAUAGGUAUCCUCUUCCGAGAACUGACGAUCUGAUGGAUCAAUUGGUCGGUGCAUGUAUGUUCAGCAAGAUAGAUUUGAGGUCAGGUUAUCAUCAAAUUCGUGUGAAACCAGACGACAUUCCGAAGACUACAUUCAGGACAAGGUAUGGUCAUUAUGAGUAUACAGUAAUGCCGUUUGGAGUGUCUAAUGCGCCAUGCGUGUUCAUGGAGUAUAUGAAUAGGAUUUUCCAUCCUUAUCUGGAUCAAUUUGUGGUCGUAUUCAUCGACGAUAUCUUGAUAUAUUCUAAGUCAGAGGAAGAACAUGCGGAUCAUCUAAACAUGGUAUUGCAGGUGUUGAGAGACAAGAAGCUUUAUGCCAAGUUGUCCAAUGGAGGGAUUGCUGUUGAUCCGUCGAAAGUUGAUGCUGUGUUGCAGUGGGAGACUCCAAAGUCUACUACUGAGAUUCGAAGUUUCCUUGGCUUGGCUGGUUAUUACCGUAGGUUUAUAGAAGGCUUUUCGAAGAUAGCAAUGCCUUUGACUCAAUUGACUCGAAAAGGUCAAUCUUAUGUGUGGGAUGUUGCAUGUGAAAAGAGUUCUGUAGAACUCAAGAAGAGAUUGACGAGUGCUCCGGUAUUGAUCUUGCCUAAUCCGGAUGAGUCUUUUGUAGUAUAUUGUGAUGCGUCAAAGAUGGGUCUUGGAGGGGCUAAUGUUGUAGCUGAUGCGUUGAGUAGGAAGUCCUUACAUAUGUCAAUGCUUAUGGUUCGAGAGUUAGAACUGAUUGAACAAUUCAGAGAUAUGAGUCUAGUGUGUGAAGAGACUCCUAACAGUGUGAAAUUGGGUAUGCUGAAGCUGACUAGUGGUAUUCUCGAAGAAAUAAGAGAAAGCCAGAAAUCUGAUUUGAGUUUGGUGGAUUGUCUCACGUUAAUCAACCAAGGUAACGGUGGUGACUUUCGGGUUGAUGAGAAUGGUGUGAUGAGGUUUAGAGAUAGGAAGUUGGCCGAGUUGUAUAUUGAUGAGAUCGUGAAACUGCAUGGUAUUCCUUCAAGUAUUGUGUCUGAUAGAGAUCCGAGAUUCACAUCGAGGUUCUGGGAGAGUUUGCAGACAGCUUUGGGUACUAAGUUAAGGUCGAGUUCUGCUUAUCAUCCACAAACAGACGGUCAAACAGAGAGAACUAUUCAGUCGUUGGAAGAUUUGUUGAGGGCUUGUUUGAGAAGAUACAUUUCAGAUCCGUCUCAUGUGAUCCAAGUGGAUGAUGUGCAAGUGAGAAAUAACCUGACUGUGGAGGCAUCACCCGUGCGGAUAGAGGAUCGGGAAGUGAAGAAAUUGCGGGGUAAAGAGAUUGCCCUGGUAAAGAAGGGUGUUACAGACUGCGCCAAAAAGGCGGCAACCGACAAUUUUCGUGAUCAGAGCCGCGGUGGAGGCUAG